CCCCCCUAAAAGACCCCACGAGACUUGCAACCAGGGGAGCGACGGGCAGAGGCAGCUUUUCCCGAGCUGACCCCCUGAACCUGUCGCUGUCCCCGCGCCUCUCUGACUUCCCAGUGAGCCAGGGCAGCCCCCCCUCGGCCCUCCCGUCGCUCCUUCCUUGCUGCACCGUCCCGAGUGUGUUUUUGCUGCGGCCCGUGAAUUCUUGCUUGCUUUGCUGCACUUUGUCUCUUGAUUGAAAUCUUUCCCUCAAGGAGACAAGAGCUGAAGUCUCGUCCUCUCGCCAGUAACGCACUGGGUGCCCUGACCUGGAUGGUUCUUACUGUGGCUCCGGUCGCUUCAUCACUGAACCUUGGAGAUGAAGGGGCUCCUCACACUGGCUUGGUUCCUGGCUUGUGUGCCUGCUGUGCCAGGGGGCUUGCUGGAGCUGAAGUCAAUGAUUGAGAAGGUGACGGGAAAGAGCGCCGUGAUCAGCUACGGCUUCUACGGCUGUUACUGUGGCUGGGGCGGUCGAGGGACUCCCAAGGAUGCUACCGAUUGGUGUUGUCAGGUGCAUGACCACUGCUAUGGGCUGCUGGAGGAGAAAAGCUGCAGCAUCCGGACACAGUCAUACAAAUACAGAUUCUCACGGGGCCUGGUCGCCUGCGAGCUUGGGCCCUUCUGCCAGGUGAAGCUCUGCUCCUGUGACCGGAAGUUCGUCUACUGCCUGAAGAGAAACCUAAGGAGCUACAACCCUAUUUACCAAUUCUUUCCCAACAUCUUCUGCACCUAGUGACCUCAAUGAGCUCCCCCAGACCAUGACUUUUGCCCCCUUCUCCUACUGCACAGGGCUCACCCACUCUGCUGGGUUCCUGAGGGAGGCUCCCAGGUCUUGCCCCUGGUUCUUUCUUGAUGGUCCCCUGGGCUUGGGGGAGCCCCACGGCCACCCUUCACCCUCCAGAGAAUCCCCAGAGAGGGAUUCUGGUCACAGGACUUGACAAGGUCAAGGUCCCUGGCCUCCACUUGUGAGGUCAGUCCUUUUGGUGCCCAGAGAUCCCGCCUAAGGCCAGGCCAGCCGUCCUCACCUCUGAAGACAGUGCCCCUUCUCCGGAAGGCAGGCUUUCCUGGGACGCAUUUCCUUUUCGGUUCCUGCCACCCUCUAGAGAAUUUUACUCAAGGAGAAACAAAAUUGACUCCAUAAAUCUGACAUGUUGAUAUUAAAUAAAAUUUUUCCUCAAGACUAAUAAAAACCAUCAGGCCUUUUUCUGUGCUCUGGAGGAUUGUCUGUGCCUCUGUCUCUGCCACUGAGCCACUAAACCCAAAGAUAACCACACUCCCUCAGAGACAGAAGGUGCGGAUUAGUAAACGGGGGGUUUUCUGAGAUGAGUGUCAAGCCUUGUUUGGGGCUCAUCUCCUUAAACCUUGGGGGUCCUCUGGAGCCAAGCAUUGGGUCUCAUUUUUCCUUGAGGGGGUGGGGAGAAGGUGAUGGACAAUUAUGCCAGCUCGGGCUUCCAGGCCAGAGAGGGCCACGUCCAAAUCCCAGCUUGGCCUCUCCAGCUGGGCGAGCCCACCCCUUUCUGAACCAUCUCUGACAUUGUCUUUUUUUUAUAUAUAUGUUUUUAUUGUGUAUUUUUUAUCUUUUCUUCUUUAAGAGAGAGAA